AUGAGCUCAGAGAACAAAAAGUCGACGUUCAGUCUGUUUUCAAGGUCGAAAACGCGAAUCGUCCGCAGGUCCAAAACCUUCCUCUCUCCAAAGACUCCUUCCGUGGACGCGUUUCCAGAGGACGCCGAAGUAAAGAGAUACGACGAGCUGGAGGCCGAAAACAAAAUGCUCAAGGAACAAGUGACAAAGCAGAAGUUCAUGAUACUCAAGCUCAUCGACGAGCUCGAAUACAUGGAGACCCUUUGCAAAAAGAGAGCAGCUAUAGUGGUGGACCCUACGUCACCUACCAAUUCCGUUUCGUCCAAUGCCUCGUCUAUGGAAACACUAGUUGCCGAAAACAGCGAGAAGGAGAAGCUGAUAAAGCAGCUCAAACUCAAGACCAAACUACUUGAGUCGAACGUCGCCGACUUGCGCAGCCAACUGAAGUCUAAUCUCUGCCAAUACCAACGCAGUCUCUCUAACUUAUCCGACUCCGUGACGAUGAUCAACGAAAACCAGAAAUUUCUUACGCCGCCGCCAAGACCCCACAUUGUUCCUAGUUCGCGCUCACUGGAUCUUAAACAAUACACCGACAUGAACGCUGGUGAGACCUUUGUGCUGCGCAAAUUUAGUAUCUGCUAA